CCACAUACCACACGUUUCAUAGGUGGAAAGCUUUAAAUGGCUUUUCCCCUCAAACUAUUACAACUUUUCCCUCAAAUUAUUACAACUUUUCCCUCAAAUUAUUGCAACAUUUCCCUCAAAUUAUUGCAACAUUUCCCUCAAAUUAUUGCAACUUUUCCCUCAAAUUUUCCUCAAAUUAUUACAACUUUUCCCUCAAAUUAUUACAACUUUCCCCUCAAAUUAUUACAACUUUUCCCUCAAAUUAUUACAACUUUUUCCUCAAAUUAUUACAACUUUUCCCUCAAAUUAUUGCAACAUUUCCCUCAAAUUAUUGCAACUUUUCCCUCAAAUUUUCCUCAAAUUAUUACAACUUUUUCCUCAAAUUAUUACAACUUUCCCCUCAAAUUAUUGCAACAUUUCCCUCAAAUUAUUGCAACUUUUCCCUCAAAUUUUCCUCAAAUUAUUACAACUUUUUCCUCAAAUUAUUACAACUUUCCCCUCAAAUUAUUGCAACAUUUCCCUCAAAUUAUUGCAACUUUUCCCUCAAAUUUUCCUCAAAUUAUUACAACUUUUUCCUCAAAUUAUUACAACUUUCCCCUCAAAUUAUUGCAACUUUUCCCUCAAAUUAUUACAACUUUUCCCUCCAAAUUAUUGCAACUUUUCCCUCAAAUCUUCCUCAAAUUAUUACAACUUUUUCCUCAAAUUAUUACAACUUUCCCCUCAAAUUAUUGCAACUUUUCCCUCAAAUUAUUGCAACUUUUUCCUCAAAUUAUUACAACUUUUUCCUCAAAUUAUUACAACUUUUCCCUCCAAAUUAUUGCAACUUUUCCCUCAAAUCUUCCUCAAAUUAUUACAACUUUUUCCUCAAAUUAUUACAACUUUCCCUUCAAAUUAUUGCAACUUUUUCUGAUGUUUUUCAUGGUUGUUUUGAUCAGUGAUGAUACAGAUCCUACAGACGGUUUUCCUAUCAGUCCUGUUGGAUAUGAAAGACAUAAUCGGGGAAUAUUCUGCUGUAAAUGGUACCGAGAAGCCUCUAACAUGCAGGAUUAUUAAUAAUAAUACGGUGUCGUUAUGUCAGAAAAGCAAUAAAACUGUUGAAAAACGCAACAGAAAGCGGUUUUACAGAUUCUAUUGAUCAAUAGAUGGUUUUUAAUUGGAGAAUGGAUUCUUUAGCCCCGCCCUAGUGUCUGGAUUACAUACGCUAGAUCCUCAGGGGUGUGUGUGUGUGUGUGUGUGUGUGUGUGUGUGUGUGUGUGUGUGUGUGUGGGUGUGUGUGUGUGUGUGUGUGUGUGUGUGUGUGUGUGUGUGUGUGUGUGUGUGUGUGUGUGUGUGUGUGUGUGUGUGUGUGUGUGUGUGUGUGUGUGUCCCACAGAGUUGACUUUAUUUUGGGGUGUUGGCUGACAGGAUUUUGGGUGGUUGGAACUGAAAAAGUUAUGAAGAAAUAAAUAUUUUGAUGUAUCAUGUUUUUGCAUUCUGAUGUUUUCCAUUGAGCGGUUUGAGGGCAGGGCAGUAACCUGCUUCUCUCUCUCUCCACCAAUCACAGCGCAGCUCUCUGAGCCUUGACGCUGCUGACCAAUCAGGAACUUGUUGAGUUCCUCUCUGCUCUAAACGAGAAUAAAUCUCCGUUCUCCACGCUG